GCGUUGCAUCAAGGACAAGCGCAGUCUGUCGCAGCUGUUGCAGCGCGCUAAAGACGCCGUCAUUCAUGACGCAGCCAGGAAUGUCAACGCGGCCGCAGCUGGAGCCGCCGGUUCUUCGUUCGUUUCCGGAGCCGCGCAAGCGUCAUCCUUCCACCAUGCCGCUUCGGGAUCGCCGCAUGUCGCGGGUGGGUUCGCCGGAUCGUCUUCAGCCCUUCACGCUGCUGCCGCGGCGCUCAACCCCUUGAGGUGCUGCCGGGGCACGGGGGAGGGCAAGCAGGAAGGGCAGCAGGGAGGGCAGCAGGGACAGCAGGGAGGGGGUAAUAGUGGUGAGGAGGUGGGCAGGAGAGGAGCAUGGUGCAGAUCGCAAGUGGGGCUUCAGCCCGGGUCGUUGCUCGCCCAAGCACUCAAGCUCUCUCACCAGCCUUCCUUCGCAGCCUCGGGGGAGGUGACGGACCGCUUCUCCUCCUUCAGCGAUACGCAGUUCGCCUCUGCUGCUGAAAUCGGUGCCACCUCAUCCACGGCUGCUGCUGGCAUGAUGGCGGCGGCUGCAUCGUCAGAGGAGGUGUUGCGCGAGUACAAGCAGGAGCUGCAGGAGUUCGGCGAGGGGCUCAAGAAGGAGACGGAGGAGCUGGUGGAAACCACCGCCACCACCGUCAGCGACCUGCCUUCCUCACUCGAGUCCGGCGCCCAAGCGGCUCAGCCUGUUCCCUUGUCAUUGUUCCGUCCACGGCUGCAUCCCUCCCUCCCUCCCUCCUUCCCUCUCUCCCUCCUCCCUCCUCCCUCCCUCCCUCCCUCCCUCCCUCCCUCCUCCCUCCCUCCCUCCCUCCCUCCUUCCCUCCCUCCCUCCCUCCUUCCCUCCCUCCCUCCCUCCCUCCCUCCUUCCCUCCCUCCCUCCCUCCCUCCCUCCUUCCCCCCCUCCCUCCUUCCCUCCCUCCCUCCCUCCCUCCUUCCCUCCCUCCCUCCCUCCUUCCCUCCCUCCCUCCCUCCCUCCCUCCUUCCCUCCCUCCCUCCCUCCUUCCUCCUCCCUCCUCCUCCCUCCUUCCCUCCUCAGGCGCUCCCUCCUCCCUCCCUCCCUCCUCCCUCCCUCCCCUCCCUCCUCCCUCCUCCUCCCUCCCUCCCUCCCUCCCUCCCCUCCAUCCCUCCCUCCCUCCCUCCCUCCCUCCCUCCUCCCCCUCCCUCCCUCCCUCCCUCCCUCCCUCCCUCCCUCCCUCCCCUCCCUCCCUCCCUCCCUCCCUCCCUCCCUCCCUCCCGCCCGCCCGCCCUCCCUUCCCUCGCUUCCUGGCUAUCUCCUUCUUCCUUCCUCUCUCCCUCCCUCCCUCCUUCCUUUCUUCCUUCCCUCCUCUUCCCAUCCCUCCUCCUUCCCUCAUCGUUCUCCCCCUCCCGUUUUUCCAUCCUCAUUGACCCCCUAUUUCCCUCCUCCCCUUCCCUCGUGUUUAUUACGUGCAUCCCUCCUCAAUGCCUUAUAGAGGACACGUGGCAGCAAUCCUAUGGAAGAGAGAGACAGUGUGGAGUAAAGUCCACCCAUGUCCUCCAUCUCUCUUGCCUUAACACCAACAACCCGCUCGCCUCUUCACAGUCCCUCUCACCGUCUGCCGCCUGCCUCGCACCACCCCCUUGCCGCUCAAUCACUCCCACCCCCCUCUCUCUCAUUGUGCGGAGCAGCACAACGGAGAUCCUGGCAUCAGUGAAGGAGGCAGUGGCGAUGGUGGAGGAGGAGGUGGCUGCCAACGCUGCUGGCGCCCGCCCCCGCGCGCCUUCCGCUGCUGCUGGGCUCGCCUCCGCCAUCCCCAGAGGCGCCAUGCAGAGGGACAGCAGCACGUACUGUGACGAGCCAGAGGACACAGAUGACUUUGCCAAGUGGGUCGAAUCUUUCGACCUCAAAAACAGGGAGGCGGACGUGGAGGCAGUGCUUAAGGACAAUGCAUUCAUGCAGGAGCUGCAGUCACGCAUUGUGCCGUUGAUCGUGGAGCGCGAGACCUUCUGGACGCGCUACUUCUACCGCCUCUACCGCCUGCAACAGGCCGAGGACGCCCGCGCCGACCUUGUCAAGAGGGCGACAACAUCAGAGGAGGAGGACCUGAGCUGGGAUGUGGACGAUGAUGCAGAUGACGCUCAGAGCAGCCCUGCAGCCGCCCACCAUGGCGCUGCGGGGAUGGAGAAGCGGGCACAGAGGAUUGGGGAAGCAAAAGAUGCAGGAGCAGGGGAGGGCGAGAAGGAGAGAGAUGCAUCAAGUCCAGCUGCGACAUCGCCGCAACCAGAACCAAGUAAUCGCAGCAACAGCAGUGACAGCUCAGCAGGCAGUGAGUGGCAAGUUGUGUCUAAAGAUGAUGCUUCUAAGGAGGACGGAUUGAAGGCAUCACAACCCUCUGCUGCUGCUCUUACUACAGCAGCUGAGGCGGCUGCCGCUCCUGCUUCUGACGUGUCAGAACCUGCAGCUCUGGUCUCCCAGCCUGCUGCUGAGCCUACAGUUGCCAGCGGUUCAAAUACAACAAGUGCGGACGGCGAAGGGGCGAAGGAAGAAGGAAACGAGAAAAAGAAUGAGGCAGAGGCGAGGGGAGGGAAGGGCAAGAAGGAAGGUGGAGUUGAAGAGGAGGAUGAGGUAAGCCAGAGAUGA